AUGCAUCCGUUUCCUUCUCCUGUUGAAUGCACUGUCGCUUCUGCUCUUCUCCUCCUCUCCAAUACCACACCUAUCUCUCCUCCUUCAAAUCUUGGUGUUGAUGGAAAGAAGUCUGUGAAAGAGCGAAGUGAUAGAAAGAGAAGCAGUGAAGAAGAGAGCUUGAGCUCGGUGACUAGUGGCUCGAAAUCGUGCGUUUCAUCUCUUACAAGUGAUGUAUCUUCGUUUAAGGAGAUUCGAGCUCACAAGCUACGGAUCGUCGCUUUUGUGUCUCGUUGCCAUGAAAUGAAGCCCGAGGUAGCACGAAGGAAGCGCUCGGAGGUGAGCUGGAUCUCGGGUCACCAGAGGACCGUCGUACUAGCUCCGCCAGAGAAGGCAGUUGAGGCGUCGACGGAGUCAGGUUCGUGUUUAUCAAGAACUUCCAGCGCUGUUUCAAGCGCGCGAAACCACCAUAUGAAAAGGAAAGGAUUAAUGAUGAAGCCGGCUGGUGAUGACGAGGAGCCGAAGAGGAUCAGAUCUAGAUCUGGCUCUGGCUCGCGUUACCUUAGCAGCCUAGCCGAAGCAAUAUUGAAGCUGCUGUCUAGCGGUUGUUUCGCUGAAAUGAGGAUUCGUCAAGUGCUUGGAGACAGUCCUAGCACAAGCAAGGCUUUGAGAAUGCUGUUAAGGCAAGAAGAAGUGAAAAGAUCUGGCAGAGGAGGGAGACAUGACCCAUAUAUUUACAAGAUAGCAUGAAAAAUUAUACAGGGAGCUUGACCUAGUUAUACUAUAUAACUACAGGUCAUCUUUCUAGGGUUUAUCCGUCCAACCACCAAGGGAAAUUUUGGUCAGCGAAUAUAUAUAAAAGUGAAAUAGGAAAUAUUGGUAUAUGAUUAAUUAGGCUGGUAGCAUAACAUAGAGCAGCAUGCUAGUCUUAUUGCCUUUAGCUGUUGUUUCUGCCCGGAAUUACAUAAAAGAUGUAAAAAGGGGGAACCGAGUGACACCAGCAUUACACCACUAUAUACAUUAGGAUGGCGGUGGCGGUGCCUUGCCGUAUACAUUAUAGUUA